GGGACCCAAAUUCAUUUUCCAACAGCCGCACUCUCUCUCCCUCUCUCUCUACAAUCUCUCUCUAAAACCUUCUCUCCAUCCAUCAAUGGCUGCCGCCGCCGGUCAGCCUCCACGGCUCGCCUCUCGCCGUCCGAACCUUUUUUCUUUCUCUCCGUCACCGGCGAACCCCACUGGAUUAGCCUACGAAGCUACCGGAAAACUGGCACCCGUAACCCGACGCCGCCGCUGCUCCGGUCGAACCAACAGUCCUCCCCGUCGCCAGCCGCUACUCCGGUCGAACAACAGCCGUCCCCGUCGCCAGCCGCCACAACAGCAACGGCGACUAACCAAACAGCCCCUCCGACGUCUUUCUCAACAGCCGCCAGCCUCCUCCGCACGGUCAGCCCGAACCAGCAUCGCGACCACCAUAGCUUGUGAACCAUCCGUCACUGUCUUCCGUCGCUGCAACUCCAGCUGGCCGAACCACCGGAGAAGGCUCCACUUCUCCAUCGCCGAUCAAGCUGCCACAAAUUUAUUCUAUUUUUCCUCACCGGAGGUGAUGACCGGUGAGGUAUUGAUUGGUAACCUCUCCGAUAUUGGCUGAUUUUGGGAAUCAUCACAGGUAUAAAUAGACAGUCUCGGAUAUUUGAAGAGUCGCCGAAAAGUUUAUGGGGGAGGGCUGCACCUUUUCUUUCUUUGUUCAUUUAUUUAUUUUUGAUUCAUGGUGUUGUAAUAACUCUGUAUAAACACUAUUAUUUUGUAAUAAUAAAAUUUGGGGAUUGCUUCGGGGGGCAGGGACUUACGUGCUCUAUGAAUAGUAUAGAUAGGCACAACUUAGAUUUUACGUGUGUUAUGUGCUACGUGGAUCAAGUUAGGCACACAAAUUUAGGAUUUAUUAAUACAUUAAUCACUUAAGACAUUUAAUCUACUUAUUAAUUCGAUUAGAAAUCUUGAUUUUAGGAUUAAACUGACAUCUGCAAUGCUAAAUUAAAUUCAUGCAUAUUAAUACAUUUUUAGCAGGUUAAGCAUUUGAAUUAAGUAUGCCACUGUAUGUUUAGCAUGUUAACAAGAAUUUAAGCAUAUUGGUAUUUUUGAGCAUGUCAGCAAUUAAAUUUCACAUAUUAAUACAUUUUAUCAUUUUUAGCAUGUUAAACAUUAAAAUUAAUUAUGUUGUCUAGCAUGUUAAAACAAAUCUAAGCAUGUUAAUAUUUUAGAGCAUGUUAACAUAAAAUUCCUGCAAAUUAAUAUAUUUUAUAACGUGUUAAAAUCGUGUUUCUGCAUAAAACAAUUAAAAUCCGGCAUGUUAAAACUGCAUUUUUGCAUAAAAUAAUUAAUUAACAGCAUGUUUAAAAAUUAAUUAAAGCAAUUUCAAUAUAUUAGAUAGUGGAUUAAGUAUGUCAUUGUAAUUUUUGGCCUAUUAAUGCAAUUUCUGCAUGUUAUCAUGAAAUUACAGCGCAUUAGCAUAAUUUUCAGCAUGUUAAAAUAUCAA